UCAACAAAAUUUUGAUUCAUAUCUGAAAGUGAAAGAGUAAUAGAUAGAUAUAGAGAGAGAAAGAUACACAUAUAUAGAGAGAGAGACAUCACCAUAGCACCAAUAGCACCAUUAGCACCAGACGAGGAAGAAGAAAAGAUACGAGCUUUACUCAAAGAAACGAGUUUUAGAGAAGAAGAAGCUCAACCCUGAAUUCGACGACCUGAUUAACAUUCAUUUACAUAUUACCCACUUCGAUUUCCUUUCUGUUCAAAUGGCCAAGAUUAUUAUCCACCACCAGCUUAUUGAUUCCGGUAUAGUGUAGGUUUUCUAUCUUUUUGAAGUUUUAGCUCUCUGCAAAUCCCUGCAGGAGCUUUCUUUCUUCUCUCUUUCGCUCUAUUCGAACCCUUUUCCUAUUUCCCUACAAUGGGUUGCCUUCGGAUGACCAUUAGAAAUCUGGAUCCAGUCAGGAAAAGAAGCGGUGGACUAAGAACAAAACAAGCUGGACGAGGGUCUUGUCGUGGUAGUUAGACUAGAUAACCCUAUUCGCCGGAAAAUGCUACCGUCUCCGGCAUUGAACUAAAGUGUUUUCAUUUUAAAUCUACAUCCAUCUGUUUUUUUACUCUCUUCUUCUUCUUCCCUUUCUAUCUGUGAUUCAUCACCAUGGGUUAUCUGUUGAAAGAAGCUUUGAAAUCUUUCUGUGGAGUUAAUCAAUGGUCAUAUGCUGUUUUCUGGAAGGCUGGUUUGCAAAACCCCAAGCUUCUAAUCUGGGAAGAAUGUUACUAUGAUCCACUUCCUGUAAUUUCUGGCAUUGAUGCCUCUGAACUUGCUUUGGAAGAGUGGGAAGCUUGCUGGAACUCUUCUGGAUCUAAUUCUUCUUUGUUUGGUAUUCAUGAAGAGGAUAAAGUUCAUAUUCUGGUUAAUCAAAUGAUGUUGGAUAACCAGAUUAAAAUUGUUGGAGAAGGAUUAGUUGGUCGGGCUGCGUUUACUGGUCAACAUCUAUGGAUUAUUGGGGAGAAUUUCACAAGAGAAGCCUUUCAUCCUCCUCAGGUUCUAUGUGAGAUGCACAGACAAAUGGCAGCCGGUAUGAAGACUAUUGCUGUGAUACCUAUACCUGAUUGUGGUGUUGUUCAGCUUGGUUCGACUUUGAAUAUUUCAGAGAAUUUUGAGUUUGUUAAUGGUGUUAAGACUCUACUCGUUCAACUAGGAUGCGUUUCCAGUAGUGUUGUGUUUGAUAAUGAUUCGUUUCCUUUUGCUGGUAACGAUUCGGUCUGUUCUUCAGUUUCUCGAGCCCCGAGUGAUCUUUUCGAGCAAAACUUUGUGAAAUAUGACGGCGGUUUGAGCGUAAUAAAUGAGAAUCUAGAUGAAAUCUUGGAACCGCCUUCUUCGGGUGGUGGUGGGGGUGAUGAUCUAUUUGAUAUUUUAGGGUCGGAUUUCAGAAAGAGAAUGUUCAAUGACGGGAGGAGAACAUUGAAAACAGACGAUCUUCAUUGUUCUAACUCCGAUUUAUAUUCAUUCGACGGAGGAAACUCGACAAGUGGUGUUUUCUCGGUAAACAGUUGUGACAAUCUGUUAGAUGCUGUUGUGAACAACGUUUGGAGUUCAGGUUCAAACAAACAGAUCUCAGACGACAGUCUGUCGUGCAAGACUUCGAUAACGAAUGGAGGGUUGUUUGGCGGAGGAUCUUGUUCUUUUAAAUCUGAACGCACUAAGGAAGAUGCCGUUGUCAAUAACUGCUCCCAAGCCAGUAGUUCACAUUUCGGAUCUCAAAUCAGUUCGCUGAUUGGACAAAGCCAGAGUGCUUCAACUGCUUAUUCGAAGAAGCAGGACGAGGUUUGUAAAAGUAACCGUAAACGACUCAAACCGGGAGAGAAUCCUCGACCUAGGCCAAAAGAUCGACAGAUGAUUCAAGACCGGAUGAAAGAAUUGCGCGAAAUUGUACCCAAUGGAGCAAAGUGUAGCAUCGAUGCAUUGCUGGAGCGAACGAUCAAACAUAUGAUUUUCUUGCAAGGUGUUACGAAACAUGCUGACAAGUUAAAACAAACCGGGGAAUCCAAGAUAAUAGGCAAUGAUGGAGGGCUGCACUUGAAAGAUAACUUUGGGGGAGGAAGAACAUGGGCUUAUGAAGUUGGAUCACAAUCCAUGAUGUGUCCAAUCAUAGUCGAAGAUCUGAAUGCUCCUCGUCAAAUGCUUGUCGAGAUGCUUUGUGAAGAACGUGGUUUGUUUCUAGAGAUCGCCGAUAUAAUUAGAGGACUCGGAUUAACAAUCUUGAAAGGUGUGAUGGAAACCCGGAAUGACAAGAUCUGGGCACGCUUUUCUGUUGAGGCUAAUAGAGACGUGACGAGGAUGGAGAUAUUUAUGUCGUUAGUUCAUCUUUUAGAGCAAACCGCCGCCACGAAAAAUAUUUCUUCAUCAACACAUGGAAUUAACUGCUUUGAGAAGAACAACGAUAACUUGAUUGCCCCGGUUCCUCCUAUAGGUUUUCGUUAGCAGAACUAAUAAUGGAUAUUUUUAUUUAGGGUUUUUUUGGUGUGUUUGUUGUUUGUGUGUCCUGGAUAUGUUGAGAGCAAUGCCAUGACUGACAUUGAUCCGGGGCAAGAUCGGGUCUGGAUUGUUCUUGUAAUGAUCCACGACCGAAUCGGAAUGUGACCUUGCAGAUGUAGCAUAAUGUUAUUUAUAAUAGUUCAAUGUUUCAUUUUAAUUUGAGACGAUGUUUGUUUGAUUG